AUGUGUCUCUGUGCCCAUGGCAGUAGAUCUGUAUUUAAGAGCAAGUCUUCGUUCAGAGGCUACAUCUCUUCGCAGUUUCCGAAUGCAGAUGUUGAGGAGUUAUUUGCUUCUUUUAUCUGGAAUGUUCCCUCUACGAAACAGCGCCAGAGCGAAGAUUUGCAUCCAGAUAUCUUUGCACAGGUACCACCAGUUGAAAGUGCAUCUAAGAGGAUGAAAGAAGCCCCCUGUACUUCCAAGAUGACGAAAAAAGUGAGACCAGCUAUGUCGCAAGCCUUCCCUAGGCGCAGAAUGCGACACAGUUACAAAACACCAGCUCAAGCCAACACUGGAAAUGAGUUUGUAAUUGACUCGUGUUCGCUAACGGAUGAUGCUUCAAGUAACGGAAGUGGAUAUUCAGAAUAUGGCUCUGAAACGCAAAUUGACCUUGAGGAGUCUGCUUCUGACCAAAGUCUUGGGUCCAGAUUCUAUGCAUCCAAGGAUUUUGAGGCACAAGAUGUUGAUGACUGUUUAAAGUCCAUGGAACAUAUUCUUUCUCAGCCAAAUGUUGAAGCUCAGGUGUGGACUCCUUUCACUUACGUAGGUCCUGAUAUGGCAGAGGAAAUGGCUACUCACCGCAAGAAGCUUUCUUCCAUUCUAGCCCUGGAUUUCUCAUGCUUGCUAUCCUCAGAGUGCCUGGAAGAGAUUAGUUAUUCAGUUGAGAAGCUCAUGGCCGAUCCCAUCUUGACAGUCGAUCAAUUGCUGAAGUUGAAGUCGGUUGAAGAAAUCCCCAAAGCACGCGAGGUUUUCCUGCGAACUAAGGCGAUUGUGGAGCAGGCUACCAAAUUUUUUGAAGAUCUUCGGGCCAAGAAGGACAAGGUUUCUUCUCUUAAGAGGGAGUACAGUGAGCUGAAGAAGGAAGCAGGAGCACUGCAGUUUCAGAUAGAAUCCAAGUCACCUACUGUGCGAGAAAUAGAUGAACAAAUUGCACAGCUUCAAGCUAGGAAAGCUGAACUUGCUUGUGACAUCAAGUCAAAGAAUAAGGCAAAAGAUCAGGUGGUUGCUGAGCAGAAGAUCAUGGCGAACUCUACAUCAGCUGUCAUGCGAGACAUCCAGACUGCUGUUGCUGAAAUCCCAUUAUGGGAAAUGAAGAAGAAACACGCCGAAAAGCGAAUGGCUGAGAUUCUCGCCAGGUAUGCGCCUCUCAAAGGUUUCUCCUUUGAGAAGUCCGGCUGA